AUAACUAACAACCAUCUAGACCAUGACACGCUAACAAAUAAGUAUGCCUACGACUUCCGACGCAACGGCGUGCAGGUGUGGCAGUGUGAUAGCCAGGGGUUUGGCGUGCCAGGCAAAUUCUGCUGCGAGUCGAUGGCUGAGAAGACGCGUUGCUGUAGCACGCCAGCUGCCAUCUUUGGGCCUCUGAUUGCUGCAACACCAGGCAAUGCCGCCGCCGUUCAGACGUUUGAUAUAAAUGCCGCAUCAUUCUCGGCGACUCCAACCCUGACGGCCGCGCCGGCGGCGGACGCAACGAGCCCGCAGACGAUAACGAGCGAAAGCGGCACUGCACUGGGCGGAAUGCACACGAGUUCUCCCACGGGGUUAAAUGGCACCGGCGACGACGACAAAAUGCACAGUGGGGAGGGGGGCAUCGGGAAGGCAGUAACCGUGGGCUUGGGCAUCGGGUCCAGCGUGGGUGGUAUGGUAGUGGUAUUCGUAGGCAUCAUGUGGUGGCGCCGCAGGCAGAGGCUACAGAGGGACGCCACGGAACUGGAGAAGAAGAGCACUGCCGGCCAGAGCGACGUAAGAGGCAGCGGCAACUUCACGCGGUUAGGCACAGGCACGGCAUACGCCGGCACGAACGCCAGUAGCUAUGACGGGAGGGGGCCGGUCAACCAUAACGGGAGAGGGCCGAUGAACUCAAUGGCAACGUUCAGCACUAUAAGAACAGUCAGCUCCUGGGGUACAGGCACGUACGCCUUGAGAGCUGACCCGGAGGUAGUAACAAGGGCUAGCAGCGACUGCGACGGGAGCCCGGCCGGUGUCCUUGGG